AAAGUAGCCGUCACACUACACACAUAAAUAUCAUUAGCAGAGAUCUGUGUUAAAACGAACAAUAUUUUUCCAAAAAGAACUCAAUUUAGUUAAAGUAGUUAAUUCAAUUGCUUGCCAUGAUAAAAGCGAUUUUAGUAUUUAACAACCAUGGAAAACCAAGACUAUCCAAAUUCUACGAAUAUUUCAACGAAGACAUGCAACAACAAAUAAUCAAAGAAACAUUCCAACUGGUAUCGAAACGGGAUGACAAUGUGUGCAAUUUUCUGGAAGGUGGCAGCCUAAUCGGAGGAUCGGAUUACAAACUGAUCUACCGACACUAUGCCACAUUGUACUUUGUGUUUUGCGUCGAUUCGAGCGAAAGUGAAUUGGGCAUCUUGGACUUGAUACAGGUAUUCGUCGAAACGCUGGACAAAUGUUUCGAGAAUGUGUGCGAAUUGGAUUUGAUAUUUCAUGCUGAUGCCGUCCAUCACAUAUUGUCGGAAUUGGUUAUGGGCGGUAUGGUGUUGCAAACGAAUAUGUCCGAGAUAUUGGCACGAAUAGAAGAACAAAAUCGACUGGUCAAGCAGGAGGCUGGUCUAUCGGCCGCGCCAGCUAGAGCAGUGAGUGCUGUGAAGAGCAUGAACAUUCCACAACAAAUCAAAGAUAUGAAACUUCCUGAUCUUCCGCAGGCUAUUAAGGAUUUAAAAUUCUGACCAGCCUCAUCAACAUUCGACUCAUCAUCUGUCCAACCCAAUUGUUCGUCAUCAAAUUUUCUGCCCCUCACCUACACAACAGAUUGUCCAGAAUCAUACCAAAGCAGCUCAUCUGCAGCCAAAUCGACAAGAAAACAAAAAUCCAAACAAAAACAUCGUCAUUCCUCGUCACGUGUCACCCACAAUGAAGAUCCUCUGUUGGAUCAACAAACCGAACCGAUAAACAACAACAGCAAAUGGUUGGAGUGUCGAGCCAAUCAGUCAUCGCUGACCAGUUCGUAUGUGAAACUGUUGAGCAAAGUUAGUACGUUCGAUGCAUUUGAAUUUAAAGAAAUGGAUGGAAUCAAUACGCCUGGAUUGGAAUCGCAAUCGCAACAAUACAGGGAUUUGGACUGCAGAUAUCAACAAUAGGUUUUCUUCAAAAAAUAAAGUUUUCUGUUUGUGAAAUCGGAUCUAUUCCCACUAUAAUAUAUGAUUAUUGAAAAUA